GAAUUGCAUCUACAGCAGCUGCAAGUGACCCCUUAAAGAUGAAUGCAGGACUACAUAAAGAGAAGAGAAAAACUAGAGAAAACAAUGAAUUAAGGAGAAAGUUUAAGAGGGAAAACUGGCUGUCUGCGAACAACUGAAAUUUCUGCCCUUGGAAACUAAUUCUUUGGCCCUGAUGGAGUUUCUUAAUAUCAGACUCUGAGACACUUGGUGAGGUAACUCGCUCCCACUGAUUACACAAGAGUGGCCGUCACCAUGGCCAGCAAGAGGAAAUCUACCACCCCUUGCAUGAUCCCUGUGAAGACAGUGGUGCUGCAAGAGACCAGUGCAGAGGCUCAGCCUGCUGAGGCUUUGCCAGAAGGUCCUCCACAAGAUCUGCCCCCAGAAGUGCCUGCUACCAGCAGUGAGGCGGCCCCGAGCUCCAGCAGUGCUGACAGUACUGCGCUGGCCAAUGGGCAUCGGAGCACUCUGGAUGGUUACUCAUAUUCCUGUCGAUACUGUGAUUUCAGGUCCCAGGACAUGACCAAGUUUAUGGGACAUAUUAAUUCAGAGCACACAGACUUCAAUAAGGACCCAAAUUUCAUUUGUACUGAAUGCAGUUUUUUGGCAAAAAACCCUGAGGGACUUUCUCUGCACAAUGCCAAGUGCCACUCAGGAGAGGCCAGCUUUGUGUGGAAUGUGGCCUUGUCAGACAAUCAUGUCGUCAUAGAGCAGAGCAUCCCUGAGAGCAUCAGCACUCCUGAUCCAUCAGGUGAGCCCAAUUCUGAAGGCACCGAUGGGCAGGCAGAGAUCAUCAUUACCAAAACUCCAAUCAUGAAGAUAAUGAAAGGCAAAGCUGAAGCCAAAAAAAUUCACACACUCAAGGAGAAUGUUCCCAGUCAGCCUGUUGGCGAGACUUUCCCAAGCCAAUCUUCUGGGGAGAAAGAGAUGAAAGAGGGGGACCACUCCUUUAUCAACGGAGGGGUUCCAGUCAGCCAGCCGUCUGCCAACUCUGCAAAACGCCCCCAUACCUCCAAUGGGCCCCUCAUAGGAACUGUGCCCGUCUUACCAGCGGGCAUAGCCCAGUUCCUUUCCCUCCAGCAGCAGCCCCCAGUGCAUGCUCAGCACCACCCCCACCAGCCACUGCCCACCUCCAAGUCACUGCCCAAAGUGAUGAUCCCUCUGAGUAGCAUUCCGACAUACAAUGCAGCCAUGGACUCGAACAGCUUCCUGAAGAACUCCUUCCACAAGUUCCCCUAUCCAACCAAAGCUGAGCUCUGCUACUUGACUGUGGUCACCAAGUAUCCAGAAGAGCAACUCAAGAUUUGGUUUACAGCCCAGAGGCUGAAGCAAGGAAUCAGCUGGUCCCCUGAGGAGAUUGAGGAUGCCCGGAAAAAGAUGUUCAGUACUGUCAUUCAGUCUGUCCCACAGCCCACAAUCACUGUUCUAAACACCCCGCUGGUGGCCAAUGCUGGCAACGUCCAACAUCUCAUCCAGGCCACUCUACCAGGCCAAGUGGUGGGGCAACCCGAAGGUGCGGCAGGGGGCCUUCUGGUCACGCAGCCACUCUUGACCAAUGGGUUGCAGGCGCCAAACUCUUCUCUUCCCCUGUCAGUUUCAUCUGUCCCCAAGCAGUCACCUGUCGCCCCCAUUAACACUGUGUGUUCUAACACCACCUCGGCUGUGAAGGUGGUCAAUGCUGCCCAGUCACUCCUCACAGCAUGUCCUAGUAUCACCUCCCAAGCCUUCCUUGAUGCCAGCAUCUACAAAAACAAGAAGUCCCAUGAGCAGCUGUCUGCGCUGAAAGGUAGCUUCUGUCGGAACCAGUUUCCAGGACAGAGUGAGGUUGAACAUCUGACCAAAGUGACUGGCCUCAGUACAAGAGAGGUGCGGAAGUGGUUCAGUGACCGGAGGUACCACUGCAGGAAUCUGAAGGGCUCCAGAGGCCUGCUGCCAGGCGAGCACAGCUCCCUCAUCAUUGACUCACUGCCUGAGGCACCCUUCUCUCCAGCAGCCAAGCCUCCUGACGCCACCAACAUCCCGAUGGCAGCCAGCCUGGCUACCCACCCUUCCGCCAAGCGACAGACCUGGCACCAGACCCCCGACUUCAUGCCAACCAAGUACAAGGAGCGUGCCCCCGAGCAGCUCAGAAUUCUAGAGAGUAGUUUUGCACAGAACCCCCUUCCUCUUGACGAGGAGCUGGACCGCCUAAGAACAGAAACCAAAAUGACCCGAAGGGAGAUUGAUAGCUGGUUUUCAGAGCGGCGGAAAAGAGGGACAGCUGAGGAGACCAAGAAGGUGGAUAAGGGUGCAUCUCUGGAAGAUGAGGAGGCUGUGGAGGAUGAGGAAGAAGAUCUGGCCCAUGAUCUAAGGAUCCAUGGUGAAAAUGACACUCCGGAAGCACCUGACGACCACAGCUUGGCAGAACGAAAGGUCAGCCCCAUCAAAAUCAACCUGAAGAACCUGCGGGUCAGUGAAGCCAAUGGUAAGAGUGAGCUGCUAGGGGUGGAGCUCUUGGAACCUGAAGAUGAUGAGUCCACUAAGCCAGCCGAGCAACCACCAGGCAGGGGGGGCUACAAGAAGACAGUUCGGCAGAGGCAUCUACUACGCCAACUCUUCGUGCAGACCCAGUGGCCAAGCAACCAGGACUAUGACUCUAUCAUGACUCAGACAGGCCUGCCGCGGCCAGAGGUGGUACGCUGGUUCGGGGACAGCAGGUAUGCCUUGAAGAAUGGCCAGCUCAAGUGGUAUGAAGACUACAAGAGGGGGAACUUCCCGCCAGGACUGCUGGUCAUCACCCCUGGUAAUCGGGAGCUACUGCAGGACUAUUACACAACACACAAGAUGCUGUAUGAAGAUGACCUGCAGAGCCUCUGUGACAAGACCCAGAUGAGCUCCCAGCAAGUCAAGCAGUGGUUCGCCGAGAAGAUGGGCGAGGAGACUCGUGCUGUGGCUGACACUGGUGGCGGCGGCGAGGACCAGGGCCCUGGUGACCCACCAGCAGUUCAAAAAAUGGGGACGGGUGAUGCCUAUUUGGAGGUUGCUGAGACUAGUGAAUUGUGGGAGCCCAGUGCCCCUGAGGCUGGCUCAGAGCCCAUGGAUGCACAGAGUCCCCAAGCUGGACUUCAGUUGGAAACAGACUGAAUGGGAAUUGAUUGUUACAAAGGACCCGCCAGUCUGGGAUGCCACGGCUGCAUGGAUGACCCAAUUCAACUCUGCUGCCACUCGCCAUUCCCAUGUUGGGCCACCUAGUCACCCAGGAAAGCUGCUGGAGUCCUCACCACUAGCCCCACUGCCUUGUCACCCAGCAGAUUGGGAGAGCAGAGUUCUCACCCGUUCUUCCUCCCACCUUUCCUUUGCCACCCAAUGGAUAAAAUAGUUCAGAUUUCAUAUUCAUCGGUGCAGAAUCAAGUUUUUAACCUAGAGGUCUGCCUAGAUACAUUUCAUAAAACGUCAUAUUUCAACCCUUUUACAACAUAGAAA